GAAUCUUCCUGAGUUGAGUAAAUGGAUCUGAAAAAUGGAUCUGUAGUGACUGAGUUUAUUUUACAAGGAUUUUCUGCAGGAUGGGGACUUCAGAUUGUCUUCUUCGUGACAUUCUCCUUGAUCUAUGGGGCUACUGUGCUGGGAAACGCUCUCAUUAUGGUCACAGUGACAUGCAAUCCCACCCUUCAUUCUCCCAUGUACUUCCUCCUUGGAAACCUCUCCUUUUUGGACAUGUGUCUCUCCUCGGUCACCACACCCAAGAUGAUCAGAGACUUGCUCACUGAACACAAGACCAUCUCUAUAAGGGGAUGCACGGCUCAGAUGUUCUUUAUGCACUUGUUUGGAGGUGCUGAGAUGACUCUGCUGGUAGCCAUGGCUUUUGACAGAUAUGUGGCCGUAUGUAAACCCCUGCACUACAGGAAAAUCAUGAACCACAGGUUGCUGAACGGGUUUGUUGUACUCUCAUGGACAAUUGGUUUUACACACACCAUGAGUCAGAUGGUAUUAACUGUAAACCUGCCUUUCUGUGGCCCCCGCGUCAUAGACAGUAUAUUCUGUGACCUUCCCCUUGUGAUUAAGCUUGCGUGUGUAGAGACAUACACCCUGGAACUAUUUGUCAUUGCUGACAGCGGGCUGUUGUCCCUCAUGUGUUUCCUCCUCCUGCUUGUCUCCUACACGGUCAUCCUGGCCACUGUGCAACGAAGAUCAUCUGGAGGGCUCUCCAAAGCUCUGUCCACACUGUCUGCCCACAUCACUGUGGUCAGUCUGUUCUUUGGGCCGUGUAUCUUCAUCUAUGCCUGGCCUUUCAAGAGUUUUGCCAGAAAUAAAGUGCUUGCUGUAUUUUACACUGUUAUCACACCCUUAUUGAAUCCUAUUAUUUACACCUUGAGAAAUCAGAAAAUGCAAGAGGCCAUGAAAAAAUUAAGGUUCCAAAAUGUUAGCUCCACAUAG